UUGCCGUCACCACUCUCUCUCAUUUGCUCAAUCAAGUCCUUCAUAUGUGCGCCAAUUUUUCCACUCUGCUUUUGACAAAUCUACACGCCAUCUCUCUUUCUCAGCAACUUCCUCUUCACUUUCUCUCUCUUCAAUUCCUCUUUUUUCUCUCUCUAUCUUCAUCUAUAUAUACACACACGCACAUACAUAUCGUUGAAAAGUAUUAUUGGGUUAUUUAUUUUUCAUUUUGUCUUUGAUUUGAUUGUAAAUCGAUUAUAUUGGAAAUGGAGAACAAUCAGUUCUGGCAAUUCAGCGACCAACUUCGACUUCAGACGAACAAUUUGACGAACAAUUUGGCCAAUCUCUCUCUCAACGACUCGAUUUGGAGCAACUCUUAUGGCUCCAAGAGGCCUGAGGAGAGGCGAAACUUUGAUAUCAGUGUCGGCGGCGAACUCGAUUUGGUCAAUUCGUCGAACAAUUUGAAGGCAAAUAAUUACGACUUUAAUGGGUUCAACUAUGGUGGCAAGUUCGGAUCUUCCGGGAUCGGAUCGAUCGGAGGCGGCGGAUCGUCUCAGAAUAUGGAUAUGGUUGGGCUUAAUGGUGGGUUCAAUAAGGGUAUUUAUUCCAAGCCUUCUUUGAAUUUCAAUCGCAAUAACAACAACAAUAUUAACAAUAAUGUUGCACUUAAUGGGAAGUGGAAUAAGAAUGGUAGUGGUGGUAAGGUUGAAGAUGAUCAUUAUGGAGGGAAAGGUGGGAAGAAGAAUAAGAGUAACAAUAACAGUGAGAAUGGUGGUAAGAACAGCGUUGAUAAGAGGUUCAAAACCCUUCCACCUUCAGAGUCUCUGCCUAGAAAUGAAACAGUUGGUGGGUAUAUAUUUGUCUGCAACAAUGAUACAAUGCAAGAGAAUCUCCAGAGGGAGCUUUUUGGAUUGCCUCCACGCUAUCGAGAUUCAGUCCGCGCCAUAACACCGGGCUUGCCCCUUUUCCUCUACAACUAUUCCACCCACCAGUUGCAUGGAGUUUUUGAGGCUGCAAGUUUUGGAGGAACAAAUAUUGACCCGACUGCCUGGGAGGACAAAAAGAACCCCGGUGAAUCGCGUUUCCCUGCUCAGGUAAGAGUUAUGACAAGGAAAGUCUGCGAGCCACUGGAGGAGGACUCUUUCAGGCCAAUCCUCCACCACUACGACGGCCCCAAGUUCCGCCUCGAACUAAACAUACCAGAGGCUCUCUCUCUCUUGGAUAUAUUCGAAGACCACGACUCUUAAAACAACAUGCUAUACGGCCACACCACACGCGGUUACGCGUACGAAAUGGUAGUGAAGAACAGAGGAUGAUGAAAGUAAGGAGAGAAGAGUUAUAUGGGUAAUACUAGUUUUGAAAGAGUUUGGAAGUUGAAGAGGAAGAAUAGAGAAAGGGUAUAUGAAAUAUAGCCCAUGUAUUUACUUCAUGUGACACAAUAGAUGGUGAAAAUAAAGAGAAUAUAGACUCGUUUGGCUGUCAUAUAAUAUAUAUGUAGUUCUGAAGAGUUUGGAGGAGAGGAAAAAUAGGGAACAUAAAUACAGUUUGUUUGAUGUGUAAAUAAGUUAUGCAAGUUCAUGUGAAAUGAUACUGGGGCUCCAAGUCCCUGACAUUUAUCUAUCUAUUGAGGUUUCAAAUAUAUGCCUGUACAGUUUGUUGAUGUUA